GCUUCUUUCAGCAGCAGCAACAGUUAGUCCGCAACCUCGGUAGCUUGCUAGACAAAUAGCCGAACCAAUAAAGCUCUUUAGACGCUUUCGUGUAUAUUAGCCACUGUGUUUUAAAUCAUCUUCUGUCGUCUAGUUAGUUAUCCUAUUUCAUUUCAUAUUUACGGUGUUGUUAUUAUUCAGCUGGCGGGCUGGUUAAGUUAGCAUUAGCCUAGCUAGCUAGCAUCUCCGACCAUGAGUUCACUUAACUACUCUCCUCCUGCUAUAGAAGACGAGGUCUGCUGGACGGAGAAAGAAGUUCUCGUCAAAGAGGAGGAGGAAGAGAAGGAUGUUACAAUACAAAAACAAGUAGAGGGUGAGGCUGUUACAGGUAAAGAAGAAGAGAAAGACGUUACAGUGAAAGAAGAGGCGUUCAGAGUGAAAGAGGAGGAGGCUGUUACAGUAAAAGAUGAGGAGGAUUCAGUUUUUGAAGUGAAAGAGGAGGAGGGGGAGAUUACUGUCACAUCGGAAGAAGAGGAGGAAGCUGGAUAUCUGGGCCCGAUUUCCCAAACGCAAUUUAAGGUAUCCAGUGGUUCUAAUGAUGAACUUAGCCAUAAGAUGGUUUUGAGAAACCGGGCCGUGAUUACCACUGGAGAGAGACGUGACUAUCGUGGAUCCUCUGUGGAGCCUCAACAACCUCAUGAUGCUGACGAGGCAGAGAAGAGUCUCUCCAGAUCAGAACUCCUCAAGAAACACCAGCAGAGACCCUCAGGGAAGAUAAUUCACUGCUCUGACUGUGGGAAGAGAUUCACCUCAUCAGCAGGCAUUCACAUUCAUCAGAGAAUCCAUACAGUAGAGAAACCUUAUUGCUGUACUCAAUGUGGGAAGAGUUUUUAUACAUCUAGCCAUCUUAUUGUACACCAGAGAAUACACACAGGAGAGAAAUCUUAUAGCUGUGAUCAAUGUGGGAAGAGUUUUAUUCAGCUAAGCAACCUGAUAUCACACCAGAGAAUACACACAGGAGAGAAACUUUAUAGCUGUGAUCAAUGUGGGAAGAGUUUUACUCAUGUAAGCACCCUGAUAUCACACCGGAGAACACACACAGGAGAGAAACCGUUUAGCUGUGAUGAAUGUGGGAAGAGUUUUGCUAGGUCACGCAAUCUGACUGUUCACCAGAGAACACACACAGGAGAGAAACCUUAUAGCUGUACUCAAUGUGGGAAGAGUUAUACUCAUUCAACCAGCCUGAUAUUACACCAGAGGACACACACAGGAGAGAAACCUUAUAUCUGUGAUCAAUGUGGGAAGAGUUUUACUAAGCUAAGCAGCCUGAUAUCACACCAGAGGACACACACAGGAGAGAAACCUUAUAUCUGUGAUCAAUGUGGGAAGAGUUUAACUAAGCUAAGCAGCCUGAUAGCACACCAGAGAAUACACACAGGAGAGAAACCCUAUAGCUGUACUCAAUGUGGGAAGUUUUUUUUUACAUCUAGCCAUCUGAAGAUACACCAGAAAAGACACACAGGAGAGAAAUCUUAUAGCUGUACUGUAUGUGGGAAGAGUUUUGUUCAAUCUGGGGGACUGAAGAUACACCAGAGAACACACACAGGAGAGAAACCUUAUAGCUGUAGUCAAUGUGGGAAGAGUUUUGUUACAUCUGGGGAACUGACUGUACACCAGAGAACACACACAGGGGAGAAACCCUAUAGCUGUACUCAAUGUGGGAAGAGUUUUGUUCAAGCUAGCCAUCUGAAGAUACACCAGAGAACACACACAGGAGAGAAAUCUUAUAGCUGUGAUCAAUGUGGGAAGAGAUACUCUGAAAAAAGAUCUCUGAUCAAACAUCAGAAAAUACAUACAUGAAGGAGUUGUUUCAUGAUAUCAAUGAAAUAAUGUCACAAUGUAGAAUGUUUUAACAUUGUAGUAGGAGUAUUUUAAUGAUGUCACAAUGUAGAACCCUAAAUGUUUGUCCCCUGUUCUAUUGAUUUCAGCAUGAUAUGGAUAUUAGCCUCGGGGGGAAAUCCAGGCUCUGAAUUGAAAGAGUACUAUUUAUGUGAUUUAACAAAAAGUGAUUAACAAAAAAAGAGCUGUGUUACACUUACCAUGUUGGUGACCCACUUGAAUCAAAAUGCAACACUUCAAAAUGUGGUGAGCUGUUUUCUACAAAUUGUCCUCUAACCAGGGAUGUACACAUUACUCCCAGAUUCCGUGUGGUUUUUGAGCUGUUAGUUUUAACAGGACGUGCAACCUCAUCUCCCUCCUCUCAGCACAAUUGAUUUCAACAUGAUAUUGAUGAGUUAGGACAAAUAAGUCUUGCGAUCCUUUGUUUAGUGACCGCUAAAUUGAAAUGCAUCACUCCCAAAUGUAGCGUACAACCUGAUUUACCCCCUAAUCAAUAUCAGUGAUUUAUUGCUACUUGUCAAAACAACAGUGUUUCUGGUGCUUGUGCAAUUUAUAAGGUGCUUGUUUAAAAAAUACAAGUAAUAUGAUUGUUGCAGAUGUUUGUGUUUUAUUAUUCCACUAAAAUCAGUUCUAGAAGAUAGUGAGUUUUAGGAUUCUAUAGAAAGAAAAAGGAGAAAAUAAUAAUACGAUUGUAUUUUAUUAUUUAGAAAUGUGUUUUUUCUUGUUUUUAAUCGUUGACAGCCAGUAGACACUAUGUUUAUAUUGUAGAAGGUGAAGCAUUGUAGUUUAUUAUAUUGAGAAAUGGAAGUUGAUUUCUGUUGGUGGUGAGCAAACUUGUCCAACAAAAAUAUAGGAUAUAUUUGUUGUCUUAAGGGGGAAGGUGUUACAGGCUUUGGUUUUUCCAUUUAUAUUUUGAGGUUGGACUUUAGCACGUAUAGCUCGUUAUCACGUAGGGCGCACCGAUUGGUGUCACCUCGUUAGUCAGUAUGUGUUACACCUGUGCUGGCUUGUCCAUCUCGUUAGUGGGAAGGUGUUUCACCUGAGCUGGUCCAGGUUCUAUUUAAGAGUGUCUGGCCCAGUGCUCCAGUUGUCUUGAUAGAUGUGGAGAGUCAACACCUUUAGUUGCUCCACCUUUUUGGUUUGCUUCCUGUCUGUAAGUUUGUUGUGGGUUUUUCUUUUGUUUGCCUCUUCUUGGGAAGAUUUAGUGGGUGUCAUGGUGGGUGUCUUUUAGGUCCCAGUUGUUGUUACUAGUCAAUUUUCAGUGGACACCCCUAUAUGACUUUCAGAGCCCCUCCUAAAAAAACAAGCUUGAAUUUUGGGAUGUAUAUUGCAUCCAAUUAAUAAUUUAAUCAAUGGCAUUUCCUUAGGGUGCUCAUUAGUCUUUCAGUUGUUAGUCUUCUGUUUGUUGUGUACUAAAUAUUUAAAAAAUAUAUUUGUUUUUUCCUGUGAAGCCAUUGUUUUGCAUCCAUGUCUGAAAUGUGCUGCAUAAA